CCAACCCAAUCCAACCCAACCCAAGCCGAGGAAGGAAAGGAUAGGGAGAGAGAGAGAGAAAGAAAGACAGAGAAAGAAGAAGAGAGAGAAAACAAUACCAGAGCUUUACUUAGAAAGUUGGCUACAGUUUUCUUCACACCAUCAUUAACUUACUUACCAAAUUCAGAUAACAGAUUCUCACAUUUCCCAUUUCCUCACUUGGACAACUGAAACACCCCCAAAACGGCACCGCUUUUGAGUAAUGAGUGCGCGCAGUGGUUGGCGAUCCGUAGAUUGAAAUUUGAAUCCGCCAUUAUUAUUAGCUUGCAAGAAUGGCGUGAGCUUGGAGCAAAUGCCAAACCAGAAUCAUUGACUCUUUCUACUUCGGAGGCAUUGCUGUAAUUUAUUCGGGACCAGUGGAUCGAGCUGAGCAGCAAGCAAUGGAGUCAAGAAUGGAUCAGUAUGAGCUUAUGGAGCAGAUCGGCCGCGGAGCUUUCGGAGCUGCCAUUCUCGUCCACCACAAGGCCGAGAAGAAGAAGUAUGUGUUGAAGAAGAUCCGCCUUGCAAGACAAACCGAAAGGUGCAGGCGAUCCGCUCAUCAAGAGAUGGCUCUUAUUGCCCGAAUUCAACACCCGUACAUUGUUGAAUUUAAGGAAGCCUGGGUUGAGAAGGGUUGCUAUGUUUGCAUUGUCACUGGGUACUGUGAAGGUGGAGACAUGGCUGAGUUGAUGAAGAAGUCCAAUGGGGCUUAUUUUCCCGAGGAGAAACUCUGCAGGUGGUUCACACAGCUACUAUUGGCAGUUGAAUACCUGCAUUCAAAUUAUGUUCUACAUCGUGACCUAAAAUGUUCUAACAUCUUUCUUACCAAGGAUCAGGAUGUUCGUCUUGGGGAUUUUGGUCUUGCGAAAACUUUGAAGGCAGAUGACUUGGCUUCUUCGGUGGUUGGGACCCCCAAUUACAUGUGCCCUGAACUGCUUGCAGAUAUUCCUUAUGGCUUCAAGUCUGAUAUUUGGUCUCUAGGGUGCUGCAUAUAUGAGAUGGCUGCUCAUCGACCAGCAUUUAAAGCUUUUUGGAGGCCUUCAUAAUAUCAUAUAUCCUGUGCAAACCAUCUGAUGGG